ACGUCGUCGUCAACAAUCGACGUCGACGGAGCGGAGUGUACUACCCAGUACCCACUCGCGCUUGCGCUUUCCUCAGUGCUGGCUCUCACUCACUCAGUCACUCUCCAACCGUCGCGCUUGAGCGGAGUGUACACCUCUAUAUUUAUUUAAACCACCUAGCAACCAUCGUCAUUCACCAGAGCUUGUUACGAGGCAAUGGCGCCGACAGUGGAGGUGCUGACGUCGGAGAUGGUCGUCCCAGCUGAAGAGGCCCCGGCGGGCACCAUUUGGCUGUCCAACCUGGACCUCGCCGCACGCCGCGGGUACACGCCCACGGUCUACUUCUUCCGGCCCAACGGUGACCCGGGGUUCUUCGCGGCGGACGUCGUCAAGGGCAGCCUCGCCAGGGCGCUGGUCACGUUCUACCCGCUCGCGGGGCGGCUCGCGCUCGACGGCGCCGGGCGCGUCCAGGUCGACUGCACCGGCGAGGGCGCGGUGUUCGUGACCGCGCGGUCGGACUACGCGCUCGACGACCUGAUGCGCGAGUUCGUGCCGUGCCGCGAGAUGCGGGACCUGCUGGUGCCCCCGGCGCCCGCGCCGGACCCGCCGUGCGCGCUGCUGUUCGUGCAGGUCACGCGCCUGCGCUGCGGCGGCGCCGUGCUCGCCCUGUCCAUGCACCACUCCGUGUGCGACGCGCGGGGCGCCGCGCACUUCUUCGAUACGUGGGCGAGCAUCGCGCGCGGGGACGCCGCCGCCGCCGCGAACGCUCCUGUGCCACCGUGCUUCGACUACACGCUGCUCGCCGCGCGCCUGGCGCGCGUGGUGCUGUACGACCACCCGGAGUACAAGCCCGAGCCGGAGCCUGUGGACGCCGCCACCGCCGCGUCCGACUACGCGAGCGCCGUCAUCGUCAUGACCAAGGCGCAGGUGGGCGCGCUCAAGGCGCGGUGUCUGGGGGCGUCCACGUUCCGCGCCGUGGUGGCGCUGGUGUGGCAGUGCGUGUGCCGCGCGCGGGCGCUGCCCCCCGAGGCGGAGACGCGGCUCUACUCCAUGAUCGACAUGCGUGCGCGCCUGGAUCCGCCGCUCCCUACGGGAUACUUCGGCAACGCGGUGGUCCGCACCUCGGUCUCCGCCACGGUCGGCGAGGUGACGUCCAACCCCGUGGGCCACACCGCGCGCCGCGCGCUCGCGGUAACGAGCCAGGGCGACGACUACGCGCGGUCGCUGGUGGACUACCUAGAGGGUGUGGACGCCAUGAACCUGCCCAGAAGCGGCAUCUCGCGUGCGCACCUCCGCGCCAUCAGCUGGAUGGGCAUGUCGCUGUACAAGGCCGACUUCGGGUGGGGCGCGCCGGCGUUCAUGGGGCCGGCGAUCAUGUACUACAGUGGCUUCGUGUACGUCAUGAACGCGGCGGGGAAGGAGGGUGCCCUCGCGCUCGUGCUGUCGCUGGAGCCGGAGAGCAUGCCGGAGUUCAGGAAGGUGUUCGCCGAGGAGCUCGCCAGCCUGGACGUGAUCUAAUGCAUACAUAUAGCUCGAAGUAUGUACCGGCUAAGCCGCCAGGCGCCAGUGGACAGUUGCAUGCGUGGAACGUACUACGUGUUAGGCUAUCCACACUCAUAUCAGCAUAUUUCUCUAAAUAUCUACCAUAUAACUGUGGGUUAUUAUAAUUAGAGAUACCCAGAC